AUGUGUGGAUCACAGAUGAAAAAGCAAUGCCGCACCGGGCACCCGGGCUGCAAGCAGGACCGAAAUCGCAGGGGCAAAGGAAACCCGGGCCGGCCAGGAUGGGGCCAGGAGGUGGGUACUUGGGGCACAUGUCAGCCUUCCACGACAGCAUCCAGUCGCUGGUGCUUGCGGUCAUGGAGCGAGUCGUCGUUCCUGCACGCAGACAGGCAGCCGGUGGCGCCGCGGGGAGCCCACGGCGGGUUGCACAGGGGUCCCACGGGGAGCAUGUGGCUGGGUAUUGCCCUAUCCCAUCCUGCUCAGCCAUCACAGCUCGCUGGCGUCGCGGCCCUGGCCACCCACCACCCCCUCCACCAUGGGCGCCAGGCGCGCGCGGAACAGCGAGUCGCUGGCGACCACGGCCUCCAGCUCCCGAGCCCGGCCUGCCGCCGCGGUCACCGCGGCCGUCAGCUCCUCCACCUCCCGGUCCAGGGCGGGCCACUCUGCGAUGAUGCGCCGCGCGCUCUGCAGCUUGGGCUCCUUGGUCAGCGGAUUGUUGCACAGGUCGAUGGUGCGCGCCGCGGGGCGGCUGGCCGCGCCGCACCAGGUCUCGCACCACAGCCACUCCUGGUCCAGGCUGUGGAUGGGCACGAUGCUCUGGGCAUAGUUGGGCAGGUCCUGUGGUGUUUUGUGUGGGUGUGUGUGAACAGAGGGGGUCUGGUCAUGGAGGGGAAGGGGGAGGGAUGGCAGGGGCUGAGGGAUGUGGGAUGGCGCGAGGAGUCUGGUGUGCUACCCGCCAAGGGUCCCUGA